AUAUAACGAUGUACCUGACAAAACCGACAAGAGAAGAAAUAGUGCAAUAUAAACCCCAACGCCCCUCUCUCUCUCUCUCUCUCGACACCUUAUCUGAACAGAGGGAAACAGCGCUUAAACCCCUCUUCGAAAAAUGAGCGAUAAUUCUCAAGCCACAUUGAGAUGGCGGGAAAUUCCGGGGCUUGACCCGAACCGCUCGGGCGGGCUCCGCCUCCCCCAAUGCAAAACCACACGGUUCGGCGAUGGCAGAGGGCCUAAUUUUGCUUGUAUUUCGCUCGCCGAGAAGAGGGAGGAGAAGGAGUUCUCGCCGUCGUUCGAUCAGAUUCUGAAGCAUCCACUCACUAUGGUUGCAUUGGUCCCCAAAGACGCCGCUCUCUUCGCCGCCGGGGCAAUUGCCGGCGCCGCCGCCAAAACUGUCACCGCGCCGCUCGACCGCAUCAAGCUUCUUAUGCAGACUCAUGGGCUCAGAGCUGGACAAGUAGGUGCGAAGAAGGGGAUAGGUUUUGUUGAGGCUAUCUCGUUGAUCGGAAAGGAAGAAGGGCUGAAAGGUUACUGGAAAGGGAAUCUCCCUCAGGUGAUCCGGAUUAUACCUUAUAGCGCAGUUCAGCUUUUUGCCUAUGAAUCAUACAAGAAACUUUUCCGGGGAAAGGAUGGCGAACUCUCUCUACUUGGAAGAUUAGCAGCAGGUGCUUGUGCUGGCAUGACUUCAACUUUCGUUACAUACCCGCUAGAUGUCCUCCGUUUGAGGUUAGCUGUUGAACCUGGCUACAGAACUAUGUCACAGGUUGCUGCAAACAUGUUGAGAGAGGAAGGAUUUGCAUCGUUUUAUAAUGGUCUAGGACCUUCUCUUAUUGGAAUCGCACCUUAUAUUGCAGUGAACUUUUGCGUUUUUGACUUGGUGAAGAAGGCUCUUCCGGAAAAAUAUCAGAAGAGGACUGAAGUAUCCAUGGCGACGGCACUGGUGUCGGCUACUGUGGCCACUCUCAUGUGCUAUCCUUUGGACACAGUUAGAAGACAGAUGCAAAUGAAGGGUACCCCUUACGUAACAAUCUUGGAUGCCUUUCCAGGUAUCGUGGCUCGUGAUGGUUUAGUGGGACUGUACAGAGGUUUCAUCCCCAAUGCAUUAAAGACUCUACCCAACAGCAGCAUAAGGCUUACUACAUUCGACAGUGUGAAGCGUCUUAUCGCAGCAGGGGAGAAAGAACUUCAAAGGAUUAUAGAGGAAAACCGCAAGAAUGCAGAUCAAAGUGCUAGCGACAACGGAUCCUAGUUAGCUUGCUUCGGCAUCCCUCGCGAUGCAGAAACUUCAAGCUUUUUUGUUGAAGGAAUUGAAGUUGAGAUUGAGCUGUAGGUGAUAACUAUACAAACCAGGCUCCAUUUUUUAGUAAUACAAUCCGGCUAUAGUGAAUUAGUAUUAGAUUAUAUGAAAAUUUCACAUUUAUUGUUCUCAUAGUGUAACUUCAAGUUGAAACUUGAUAGUUUUUGCAUUUUAUGUUUCUUUUCAUGUGGGACUGUGGGUAUUAUCAUAUAGGCAUUUGUAUUAUCAUAUUAUUUUUAGAUCUUACAUCCUCUCAACAUUUACAAUGUUGUUUCAAUGAUAUACUGAUAUACGUAGUAAAUAUUUUCUAAUGC